ACAGUUCCCCACUUGGCAGCACUACUCGAGAAAAGAUUUUGAGUCUUGUAAUUGAGAUUCUGAGUCAAACAUGUUCAAGUCCUGGAGGAAUGACAAGAAAAAGAUCAAAGCCACCUUCAAAUUGCAGUUCCAGGCAACUCAGGUGCCCCGAUUGAAGAAACCAGCCCUGACCAUAUCAUUGGUGCCAGAGGAUGUUGGAAAGACGACAUUUAAACUGGAGAAAGCUGCAGUUGAAGAUGGAACCUGCUCAUGGGAGAAUUCCAUCUUUGUAAAUGUGAAACUCAUCAGAGAACAAAAAACAGGGAUAGUACAUGAGAAAAUUUACCAUUUCCUAGUUUCAUCUGUAAGUAAUAAUCAGUCUAUAAGAAUUCUGCUUUUCUUAUCCCUCUUGCUGGUUCUCUAUAACUUUUAUGAGUUCCUGCAGGGAUCAUCAAAAGCAGGUUUCCUUGGGGAAGCUUCAAUUGAUUUUGCAGACUUCGUGGCACAAAAUGAAGCAUUGACCGUCUCUCUGCCCCUUAAAUUUGCCAACUCUGGUUCCGUCUUACAUAUUACGAUUCAGAGAAUGCAGGGAGAUACUGAUCAAAGACAUAUCGAAGAAAAUGGAGACCCGACACUUUCCCAAGACGGAAGCUUUAAGGACCAGUUCAGAAAUUUGCUUAGUGACGAAGAGCAAAAUUAUGCUGAGGAUGGGCAACAGAAUGCUGUACAAAAUGGCAGCUUCAGAGGGUCUACCACCAGUAGUCAGGACCUUGCUUCUUCGCAAUCAAAUCUCGGACAGAACUCUGAGCCUAACAAGGUAACAGUAAAUCCGGCAAUGAAAAAACAUGUGCACCGGAGUUCAAGCACAGAUUGGUCACUAGGCUCAGCUUCUGAUAGAAGUCUACUGGACUUAGCAAACAGCCUUGAAGAAAACCUCUCAACAGAACUGCAUGAGGAUCAAGAUGAAUCUAGCGAAAGACUCAGAAGCGAAAAUGCAACUCUGAGGAGGCAAGCAGAAAUGUCAGAACUGGAAUUACAGACUCUUCGGAAACAAAUGGCAAAAGAGAACAAACGAGCACAAGAUUUAUCAAGGCAAAUAAUUACUCUUCAAGAAGAGAGGGAUGCACUAGAAACAGAAAUCGAGCAAUUCGAGAGUUCGCAGAAAUGUAUCAACAGAGCAAGAAGUCAAUUGCAAGCUGAUAUUGAAGGUAAAAAUGCUCUUCUAGAAGAAAUCAGGAGGGAGCUUGAGGAUGAGAAAGACUUGAAUGCGAAUCUUAAGAUGCAACUCCAGAAAACACAAGAUUCAAACUCUGAGUUAAUUGUUGCAGUAAGAGACCUAGAAGGAAUGCUAAGGCAAAUAGAUACAGAAAUAUCUCAACUUUCCACCAAGAUAAAAUUUAGUCAGAAUAUUGAACAUGUUCAAGGAAAAUAUUUCAUCUCGGAUAUGAAUGAGACAAGAGACCUUCAAGCACUGCCCGCGAGGGAAGGGAAGGACCGUAAUUCUAUGAAUGGAAUAUGUUUACUUGAGCAACAGAUUACAGAUCUGUGUGGUGAAUUGGAGAUCCAAGGGCAACAUAGAGAAGACUUAGAGAUGCAUCUCAAACAACUCACCCAAGACACGGAAGAUUUUAAACAGGAAAAAUGUGGCAUCUCUUUCCAGUUAAAACAGGAGCGGAUACAAGGAGCAAAGACACGAAAUGAAUUAUUGGAAUCUUUGGCCACCGUCAAAGAGCUGGAAUCCCACGUAGAGAGAUUAGAGGAAAAAUUAACUCAGCAAACACAAGAGCUCUCAGAAUCUCUGGAUUCUAUCUAUGAACUUGAAAGUCAGGUCAAAGGACUGGAUAAAGAACUAGAGAAGCAAGCAAGGGAAUUUGAAAUUGAUUUAGAUGCCAUGACGCAAGACAAAAUUGAGCAGGAACAGAGAGCCAUUCGUGCAGAAGAGGCCUUAAGGAAGACAACGUGCAAAAAUGCAGUUAGAGCAGAGCAGCUUCAGGAAGAAUUUCAAAGACUUUCUGUGGAAAUGGCAGGGAAAAUUGACGAGAAUGAGAAGCUCGUUACAAAAGCAACAACAGAAGCUGAUGAACUUCGUCAGCAGAAAAGAACUCUAGAAGAAGAGCUUCUAAAUGCCUGUGAAGAACUAUCGAGCCAAAUACGUUCAAAAGAAAAUGUUAUAGAACAGUUAUCGUCAGAACUGGAUGAGAAGUCCAAGCACCUGACAUACGCUCAAAAGCAGGAGAAGGAAAGGGAAAGGGAAAUCCAAGUGCUCAAAGCCAAAAUAGAAAUUCUCACAGUAACCAAUAAGCAGUAUGAACAAGAGUCAAAAUUCAGAGAUGAAACACAGAACGCGACGGAAUCACAUAGAGAAAAAGAAAUGAUGACACAAAGAUGGACGAGAGAACAGGAUGAAUUGGAGACAAAAUAUUCUUUGGCAAAGAAGGAAGCAGAAAAAUCACAGGAAGAAUUAAUCGUCAUGAAGUCGAUGAAGGAUAAAAAAGAAAAAAUGGUUGAGAACCUGUUGUCAGAUGUAGAAGGGAUAAGAUCCCAGUAUAGUGUGUUAGAGCACAGGCUGUUGGAAGAAAAAUCAGAAAAAGAAAACCUGAGGAAACAAAUACUUGAAUUGAAAGACAAGCAACAGAAGAAGGAAGAUAAAAGUACCAUUUUAGAGGAGAAGCUCAACAAUGGAUGGAACAAAUCUUCAGAUGAAAAAGAAUCAACUCCGACAAACAAUGAGUUUUCCUUGCUUCCUUGCGAUAAUGAAGAGAUUUCACAGUUGAAGGUAAAACUGAAGUUGCUGGAGGAUACCGUACAACAUUACAAGGAAGGCAGAACAGGAGGUGAUUUUCUUCAGAAAAAGAGGAAAGAGGGCAAAGCGUCAUUUGAAAGACAAAUGGAAACUUUCUCGGAGAAAGGGUUGGAAGUAUCCACUUUUAACCUUACAGAACUGUUGGCUGAGAUGGCAGUUCUAAAGGAAAAGAACAUAAGUAUGGAAAAUGAGUUAAAGGAGAUGGAAGAGAGAUAUUCAGAGAUUAGUCUUAAAUUCGCAGAGGUUGAAGGUGAAAGACAACAACUUGUCAUGACAGUGCGAAACCUCAAAAACCAUAAGAAAAGCUAGCACAAGAUAAGAUCUAUGAGUUGGACGCAGAAGCCUAUGCAUGCAUCAAGCAGCUGAGUUCAGCUGAGACUUUGAGAAGAAGGUGAGACCAUUGUAUUAAAGUUCGACAGAAAUGAAACAUAUUUCCCUCUUGAUAUGUUCCUCAUCUCCUUUAUGACAAUUGCAUGGCUAACCUGCUGAGCUCAAAUUGCCCAAGCAGCAGAUUGAAGUUUCUCAAGCGAGUCGUUUUGUUCAUCAGAAAUGUGCGAUUUACAUGUGCGCAUUCAAUGUAUUUUUAACUAACAGGACCAUUUGUUUCUUUUCUCCUUCUUUCCUUCUUUUUUUUUUCCUUUAAUAAAACAAAACAACAAGGAUUUCUCAUUCUUCUA